AAAGGCAGCUCGCCGCCGGCCCAGCCGUCGCUCCGCUCCGCUUCGCUCCGCUCCUCCGCCCGGCCGGGGGCCGCAUGGACUUCGACGGGCAGGUGCUGCGCCAGGCGGGCGGCUUCGGGCGCCGGACCCGCUUCCUGGCCGCCGCCUCGGGGCUGCCCAACAUGCCCCUGGCGCUGGGCCUGGCCGCGGGGCUGCUCCUGGCCGCCGUCCCGCAGCACCGCUGCCGCCCGGACCCCGCGCUGCUCCCGGCCGCGCUGCGCAACGUCAGCGGCCCGGAUCUGCUCAACGCCUCGGCGCCGCCGGGCAGCCCCUGCCUGCUGUACCGCUACGCGCAGGCCGGAGGCGCCCCCGGCCCGCCCAACGGCACCGGCCCCUGCACCCGCGGCUGGCAGUACGCGCUGCCCGCGGCCGGCCUCCGCUCCACGGUCGUCACGCAGUGGGACCUGGUGUGCUCCAGGCGCUGGCGGGUGCCGCUGGAACAGACCACUCACCUGCUGGGGUGGAUGGUGGGCUACGCGGGCUCCGGCGCGGCCUGUGACAGGCUUGGCCGCCGGACCACCUUCAUUCUUUCCUUGACGCUGUCUGUCCCGCUGGGAUUUGCCGUGGCCCUGGCAGUGGAUUACCUGAUGCUGGUCAUUAUGCGGCUGCUCUUUGGGGCCAUGCUGGCUGGGACCUUCCUCUCUCUCUACGUGGCACGCCUGGAGUUGUGUGACCCACCCCACCGCUUGGUGGUCACCAUGAGUGCCAGCUUCUUCUGGGUUGCUGGGCAGAUGAUCCUGCCAGGACUGGCCGUGGCCUGCGUGGAGUGGCGGCUGCUCCAGGGAGCCAUCACGCUGGGGCUUGCUCUGCUGGCAGCUUGCUGGUGGUCUCCUUCCCUGUUUCCCGAGUCGGCCCGGUGGCUCUUGGCCACUCGGCAGCUGGAGAGAGGCAAGCGGGCCCUGCAGGACUUGGCCAGGGGCAAUGGGGUCAGCCCAGAAAAUGGUUCCUGGACAGGGGAGCCCCUCUCGCCAGAGAUGGAUGGCCGGCCAGAGGGCAUCCCCAGGGCAGAGUACCACAGCGUCUUUCGGCUCUUCGGCACGCGGGUGGUGUGGAAGAACAGCGUCAUUCUCGGCUUCACCGCUUUCAUUGGGAGCGGGAUCCGCCACUCCUUCACCCGCAACUUGGCUCCGUAUGCGCCCCGCUUUUACUUCCCCUACUUCCUGCUGGCGGGGAGUGAGGCGGUGGCCAUCUUCUUCCUCUUGCUGACGGUGGAUCGCUUUGGCCGCCGGGCUGUCCUGCUCUUCAGCACCAUCCUGACCGGCGUUUCCUCCCUGCUGCUGCUGGCCCUGAUGCAGCAUUUGAUGGCGUGGCUUGUCCUGGCACUCUCCGUCCUGGGCAUUCUGGCAUCCCAGGCUGUCGCUACCCUCAGUGUCUUCUUUGCCAGUGAGGUGCUGCCCACCGUGGUCAGGGGGGCCGGGCUGGGCCUCAUCCUGGCUGCCCAUGCAAUGGGCCAGGCAGCCACCCCCCUCAUGGACAUCCAGCGCAGCCGGGCCUUCUUCCUCCACCAUGUGGUCUUCGCCUCCUUCGCCAUCCUCUCGGUGCUCAGCAUCAUGCUCCUCCCCGAGAGCAGCCACCGGCCCCUGCCGGACUCCAUGCAGGAGGGGGAGAGCCAGCACCGGCCCCCACUCUUCCACCCCGCCCGCCCCCGCCGCCCCCACCAGGACCAGCUGCCACUGCUGUCCACCCGAUCGGGCGCCGGGCCCUACGACCCCGACAGCUACGCCCACCUCGUCUCGGCCACCAAGAAGAUGCUGGGCAGCCACGUGGGACCCGCCGGCUCUCGGGCAGGAAAUCUGCUCUUCCCGGAGCCCUGAGAGCACGGAGUGCCCCAGAGGAGAGUGCCGUUGCUGGGGCCAAACUGCCGGGGAACCCAGGCCCUGCAGAGGGAACUUUCCUGGUCCUGGCAUUGUCUGGUUUC